CAGAUAGAUGGCGGUGUGGCUUCUCGUCCGCAUAGGAUUGCACCGUUAGACUAGUAAAAGAAGAGAAGUAUCUCAUUGGUCGCUGUUGACAGUCGAUCAGCUAAGAUAUGGAAAUUGAACAGUUUGUGUCCAAGACACUUGAGCUUCUGCAGGAGGAGAGAGAAGCUGAAAUCGAAGAGACCAGGGUAUGGCAGGAGAACAGCUCUCUGAAGGACCUCCAAACCAAAGGAGUGUGCCUGCUAAAACUACAGAUAGCCAGUCAGUCAACGGGGCUGUACGGCCGGACACUAGUGGUUCUGGAACCAAGGAAACACAUGGGGGUGUCAGUUCUUCCAAGUAACGGCUUCGGACCGGGGGACAUCGUUGGUUUGUAUGCUGCCGCUGGAUGCAGUGCGAGUUCCCAGAUCGGGACUGGGAUAGUGACCAAGUCGAGUCAGACAUCUGUCACCGUAGCCUUUGAGGACUGUCAAGAGGACUUCAAUGUUGAAACCGACUCGCUGUACAACCUGCUGAAGUUAGCCAACAAUGUCACCUACAAGCGGAUGACACGUGCGUUGAAUACUUUGAACGGGUACAGCAACGGACCAGCUUCAAACUUGAUAAAUGUUCUGUUUGGUUAUUCAGAACCUGGAUCCCAGUCACAGACAAAUGAUCUGGGCUUCUUCAACCAGGAUCUGGAUGAUUCCCAGAGAGAAGCCGUGUCCUUUGCUCUGUCCCAGAGGGACGUGGCUGUGAUCCACGGCCCGCCUGGCACUGGGAAAACCACCACUGUGGUUGAGGUCAUUCUCCAGGCUGUUAAACAAGGGAACAAGGUCCUGUGCUGCGCCCCCUCCAACGUGGCGGUUGAUAACCUGGUGGAGCGGCUGGCCCGCUGUAAGGUGAAGGUCCUCAGGCUGGGCCACCCCGCCCGGCUGCUGGAGUCCAUCCAGAAACACUCUCUGGACGCCGUGCUGGCCAAGAGUGACAACACUAACAUCAUCUCUGAUAUCCGGAAGGACAUGGAUAAGGCUUUGAUGGGGAUCAAGAAGACGCGUAAUAAAGGUGAACGUUUUAGUUUCAAACGAGAGAUCGGGGAGCUGCGGAAAGAGCUCCGAUCCAGGGAAGCAACGGCCAUCGGUCAGGUCCUAAAAAGUGCAGACGUGGUGUUAUCAACCAACACAGGGGCCUCCAACGAUGGGCCCCUUAGACACCUGCCCCCCGGCCACUUUCACUGGGUGGUGAUAGACGAGUGUGCCCAGGCCCUGGAGAGCAGCUGCUGGAUCGCUCUGCUCAACGCACGCAAAUGCAUCCUGGCUGGGGACUACAAGCAGCUCCCCCCCACCAUCAAGUCCCAAACCGCUGCGUCGAAGGGCCUGGCAGUCAGUCUGAUGGAGAGACUGAUCCAGAAGUUUGGGGCCUCCGUGGUUCGCAUGCUGACGGUCCAGUACCGCAUGCACCACCUCAUCAUGGACUGGGCCUCCAGGGAGAUGUACCAGGGGCGUCUGACCGCACACAGCUCAGUGCAGGGCCACCUGCUGAAAGAUCUACCAGGAAUUGCAUGCGUCGAGGAGACCAGCACCCCCCUGCUCCUCAUCGACACGGCGGGCUGCGGGCUGAGCGAGAUGGAGGUCACAGACGAACAGUCCAAGGGCAACCAAGGGGAAGUGGACCUUGUGGAACUACACAUCAUAUGUUUGACGGAGGCUGGACUAAAACCUCAAGACAUCGCCGUCAUUGCUCCAUACAAUUUACAAGUGGAUCUUCUGCGCCAGAGGCUCUCUGGACGGUAUCCAGCCCUGGAGAUCAAGUCGGUGGACGGCUUUCAGGGCAGAGAGAAGGAGGCUGUGGUGUUAACACUAGUCAGGUCCAACCGAAAAGGUGAGGUUGGAUUCCUUGCCGAGGACAGGAGGAUCAACGUGGCGGUGACGCGCGCCCGGCGCCACCUGGCCGUGAUCUGCGACUCCCAGACGGUUCAGAGUCACGCCUUCCUCAAGUCCCUCAUCAGUCACAUGACGGACCACGGCGAGGUCCGCACCGCCUUCGAGUACCUCCAGGACAUCGUGCCGCUGAACUACACUCGCAGCCUGAAGGACGGCAAGACCAAGGCCUCUGCUGCCUCGUCAACCAAGCAGAAGGUCCAACAUCAGGCUGCAGACAAAGAGAACCAAAAGACCCAGACGAAGGCUGCUGGGGGCAGGGUCCCAGAAGACCCGGUGAACCAGAAGCGGCCGCCCACCAAGCCCCGCAUCUUAACCGCAGAAGAGGAGCUGAAGACGCAGACCCGGUCCGCCGAGAUUAGGGAGCAGGUGGAGACUUACCUAAGGGAUCCUUCUCAAGAAGAACUGCGAUUCCCACCGUCGCUCAACUCCCACGACCGCAUGCUGGUGCACCGGAUUUCCGAGGAGCUCGGGCUGGGACACGAGAGCAGAGGAGAGGGUAGAGACCGCUGCAUCACCGUCUCCAGACCUCCUCCUGGGUCCGGGCCGACGCGACCAGAAGAGGAGGAGGAGGAGGAGGAGGAGGAGGAGGAGGAGGAGGAGGAGGAGGAGGAGGAGGAGGAGCAGCAGACGGUAUCGGAGCCACAAGCGGCCACCUCUUCUCAACAACCACCAGGGGAUCUUAAGAGUCUGCACCUGGAGAGGAUGAAGAGGGAGCAGCAGAGACGGGAGGAGGCCGCUCAGCAGAAGAGGCAGGUUCAGGCAGCGAUCGGGAAGCUCCCCACGGCCAAGAAGCCUGCAAAAGGAAAGAGCCGCACCAAAGCCGGGGUCUGUGACAUUGCCGCGGCCGCGGGCGCGGAGGAGGACUUCGACACUCUGAUAUCGGCGGUGCUGAAGGCGGAGAGUGUGUGCAGUCUGGUCAAGUGCAAGGCCUCCGUGCGGCUUCUCGGCCAGCUCUGCCCCUACUGCAACCGACAGUUCUGUCUGGGCCACCACGUACCAGAGGUUCAUGGCUGUGGGGACAAGGCCAAGGCCAACGCUCGCAUGAGGAUCAGCAGGGAAGGCGUUCUGUACGCUGGAAGUGGGAAAAAGGACACUUCUAUGGAUCCCAACAAGAAGGCCUACCUGCAACGUAAGCUGGACUCAAAACUCAAGGACAUGGAAUCUAAAAGGAAACUCAAAAGCAAAGAGAAAAGUAAUUAGUUAUUCUAGUUUAAAAUGUCAUAAAGAUACAUGUGAGAUAAGAUUUGCAAUAUAUAUGAUGGCAGCAGUGAACACAAUCUCUGACUUUGAACACACUAGCAAACAUUAACUGAAGACAUUAACUACUUUGCAAUAAAGCAGUGGUUCUGAAACGGGGGUAAUCUGGAGGACUGCAGGGGGUACUCAUUUAAAUAAAUAAAUAAAAGCAAACUAUGUAUAUUUGUUUCACCCUGAGCAAGUUUUAAUUUGGAAAGCUAGACAAAAGAAAAUUGAGAAAAUGUGAUGGGAUGUGAUUGGUUGAAACAUAAUUCUGACAAUAAGUAGAAAGGAGAAUCUGUGAGAAAGAAGGCACAUCCAGAAUCAAUAAAAUGUUGUCGGUUU